UGCUACUUACGCACCAACAGUUCAAACUAUCAUGCUUUCGGAGCGCACUACUACGCACACACACGCACACUCAGCAACCGUCGCGCUGGUACGCUAGUCAAGUGUUGGUGGUUGUGCGAUGUAAAGUCAUCUCAUUGCGCCCUCGAUUCAUCGCUUACUAUGAUCGCGCAUUCAUUGCGUAGUGGGCUGUCGAGAGGGUUGGCUGACUAGUCGUGUGUUUUCGUUUUUUUUUAUUCGCGGCGGGGAUUUCUUGCUAAAAGCCUGCUUUUCUGGGGAGGUUUUGCGAACAGAACAGUCCGUUGUCCGAUGAGUUGCAAAAGAUUAACGCCGAUAGUAGGAGCAAGAUAUCGUGCAGUGUUUUUGGGUGGUUUGGGUGGGCCUGAUAAGAGCAUUAGGCGAAACAUCAACAACACACAACAGCUGUGUGCUUCUUUCUCGCCGUGAAUUAUGUUCUUCUUCUGUGUUUAUCUCACCAGCCCUCCAAGUUGCACAUAAACAAACACAACAGCGAGAGCAUUUUCGAGAGAUUCGCACUAAAAGCAGCACUGAAGAGAGAGCAGAAAUGAGCGAAUUUAAUACAAUUGCCCGACCUUCGGCACACGCUGGAAAACUGUUGGAAAACAAGACCUUCUUUCCCGAUCCACCUGCCCGCGGUCCACUGGCACCGUACCGCAAGCAGGCGACUAUCGACUGGCGCAAGCUAAAACUAUCCUUCCACGAUGAAACAUCGCUCGAGCUGCAGCACCGCGUGUGGGACUUCGCACGCAAGCAUCCGCUCUUUGCCCAUCCGAAUCAAACGCUAACGAUGGACGAGGAACGCCAUCUUGCCACCAAGCGUAUGUACGUGGUGCAGAAUGAGAAAAUGUUCACGCUAAGCGAUUUCCUGGAGCGACCUGAUCUGGCCACCAUCUACCAUCAAGCUUGGAUAGCGUACGAACCGAGCAUGGCCGUUAAGUACUCGCUCGGAUUCGGCAUGUUCCCGUCGGUUAUACGGACGCUGGAUGUGGGUCGUCUAGAUGAGAUUGUGGAACGGAACGAAAAGGGCGAAUACUUGGGAGCAUUCGGAUUGACUGAAAUUGCUCAUGGGACGAAUGCGAAAGGGAUGCGAACGACUGCCACGUACGAUCCGACGGCCGGAGUGUACAUCCUGAACACGCCGGACUUUGAGGCGGCCAAAUGUUGGAUCGGGAAUUUGGGCAAAACCUGCACCCAUCUCAUCGUGUACGCACAACUCUACACUGCGGACGGUAAACAUCACGGGUUGAAUGCGUUUGUGGUGCCGGUCCGGGAUCCGACCACUCUGCAAGCUUACCCGGGCGUAACGGUGGGUGAUCUCGGUGCCAAGGCCGGGCUUCAGGGCGUUGACAAUGGAUUCGUAAUGUUCCGGCAGUAUCGCAUCCCGCGGGACAAUCUGCUAGCACGCACCGGCGAUGUAAACGAGCAGGGAGAGUUCGUGUCACCGUUUAAAGAUCCGGCCAAGCGGUUCGGUGCUUCCCUGGGGGCACUCUCCGGUGGUCGCAUCAGUAUUUGUGGCAUCGCGAACGUUUACCUUACGAAAGCGAUCACGAUCGCGCUACGGUAUUCGGCUAGCAGGAAGCAGUUCGGUCCGGAUGAUGCUGAGGACGAGUGGCCAGUGCUAGAGUACCAAUCGCAACAGUUCCGGUUGUUCCCGCAUCUCGCCAACAACACGGUGAUACGAGUGUUUAACCUCUGGUUCGGAAAGGCUUACGGUGACAUGCAGCUAAAGUUGCUUGGUGGGGAAAACAUUGGAGCGACCGGCAUGGAGGUACAUGCGCUUUCGUCCGCUGCUAAGCCUGUUUGUACGUGGGCGGCCCGGGAUGGUGUGCAAGAGUGUCGGGAGGCGUGUGGUGGCCACGGAUAUCUGAAGCUUUCAACGAUCGGUGAUUUGCGUGGCAACAAUGAUCCGAACUGUACGUACGAAGGCGAAAACAAUGUACUGAUCCAGCAGGCGUCGAACUGGUUGCUAAGCGUCCGUGUGAAGGGUUAUGAGAAGUUUGCUGAAGUAUCGCCCCUUGGCUCGGCACAGUUUCUUGCGCAGUACGCAAGUCUCAGCAAGCGAAAGGCGAACUGGAAGAGCCCUUCGGAUGCGGGUUCCAUUGCAAAUCAGCUUGAAGCUCUGGACUGGUUGGUGGCAUACUUGCUGGAGGAAUCCUACCAAAAGAUGUCAACAUUGAGGCAGCAAGGCAAGUCUUCCUUCGAGGCACGAAAUGAGGUCCAGUCGUUCUUUGCGCGAACACUUUCAAUCGCUUACGGAGAGCGCAUGCUGCUGUUUGUAUUUGCGAAGUUCCUGGCAAAUCUCGAGGCAGGUCCCGAGCGGCAAGCACUUGAGCGACUCGGUUCACUGUAUGGCGCUGGAACAGUUCUCCGGCACAUCGGUGUCUUCUACCAAGGUGGAUAUUUCUCCACACAGUCCAACGCGAUGGCACUGCUGCAGCAAUCCGUACUGGACCUGCUGCCAACGAUCAAACGGGACGCGAUCGCCAUAGUCGAUGCGAUUGCUCCACCCGACUUCAUCAUCAACUCUCCGCUCGGCAUGAACGAUGGCGAUGUGUACCGGCACAUGGAGUCCGCCAUCAUGCAAGCGCCGGAAGCGCUCGAACGUCCGAAAUGGUGGCGUGAUGUGGUACACCGAGAUUAUGUGCAAUCGAAGCUAUGAGUUUAAGGCGACGCUUUAAUGUUACUUACCUAAAGUUUGGAAAUCAAUACAAUGUUGGUGGGAUAAUGUUCGGGGGGAUCAGGGUUUUACUGCUGUACACAAUACACUGUCAUAAUGUUUGCCAUUUUUUU